AUGUCUCAAUCCCAGACCGACGAGCUAGCUCUUUUGGACGAGGACGACAGCAUUGACCCAGACGACCCGGAGAACGAGACGCAGGGAAUGGAGAUCCAGGCGGGCUUUCGCCUUCAAGAAUCUACCCCCGCUGCUCUUGACAGAUUGCUUUUGCAACGUGGAGUGCUUGUUCGGCUGGGCAUGGGGUGGUUCGGUGGGUUGAUCAUUCAGCAAUCUCCGCAGCGCCACCUCUGGGCCAACUUGAAGGCGGGGUUCCAGCAGCCAGGGUACGCAACUCUGAACUGGACGCUUUCUGACUGGAACGGAGCAGUAACUGAACGAGUAGAGAUGACAGAGGUGCAGGAGAUGAUGGGCAUGCUGCCAUCGCUACUGCAGGCCGAGUCGGAAGGGCAAGGCCAGGAGGGGUCGGCGGCGCUGCAAGAGGGCGCCGCGGGUGCGGCGGAAUUGGGGGUUCCGCCGAGCAGCCACCGAGAGCUGUAUCCUGCGGUGGUCGUCAGGGAGGGCGACACUGCUGGAGGAGAGAGCAGCAGUAGGCCGGGCGUGGAAGGCGCCCUGGUGCGGGAUGUGGAGGUCCCUGCUGCAGGUGGGUUUGGUGCAUUCCAAGACACCAACUCUCUUCGUAGUACGUUCGGCAGUGCUUGCGUACAGCAGUCUGCUGCCGCUGGAGACACUGGUGAGAGUGUCACAGCAACCGAUCAAUCCAUUCAGGGGAGGUCGGGUGGAGAAUGCGGCACGGCGGAAGGGUCGUGUCCACUGUUCUGCCUUGCUGUAGUAGUGGGCGGGGCGCACAGAAGUCGCCGGAAUUGAUGGUGCAACAGAACGGACGGAGGGGCCGUGAAGUCGCGCAGUUUUGGCGCGCACUCCAUCUGCGGUAAGGCGGUGGAUCAACAUGAAAGGCGUUAGAGUAAUCGGCGCAACAGAACGGACGGAGGGGCCGUGAAGUCGCGCAGUUUUGGCGCGCAUUCCAUCUGCGGUAAGGCGGUGGAGCACCAGGACGGUAGAGAGACCGUUGGGCAGGAUUGCCGGAGACACUCAACCAUGGAUCGACCGCGCGACGGCGCGGGGGGGGGUGGGCGCCGUACAUGCUUGAUGCUGGCGGUGUUUUGUUAAGUCGAUCCAAGGCCGGCAGUAGAGGCCGGGUACGCCCUACCACGGUUGACACGCGCGACGGCGCGUCGGGGGGUGGGCGCCGAUCACGCGGGAGCGGGCGGCGUUUUUUUACCACAGCACGGACGGAGGGGCCGGGCCGUGGCUGUUCUGCCUCGUCAUAGGAGCGGGGGGAGUAGCAUAUUAAGUCGCGCGGAGGUGGCGCGCAACCAUCAGCCGGAGGUGGGUGGUGGAACGGGGCACAGCUAAGUGGGUGUCAUCAAAGUCGCGUGGGGAGGUGCCGCGCGCAUUUCAUCAGCCGGGAACGAGCGGUGGAGACAAGAAUGCGUCAGGAUGGACGUGAGGAAUUAAAGGCGUGCUUCGCCAUCAAGAUGUGUUGGUGGAGUAGUUGGAAUAAGCUUGGAUUUUGUUGUCUUGUUUUGUGUGGAGGUACCAGUUUGAGGUCGUGAUGAAAUCAAGCAACUUGUAUUCGAGGAAAUUCUGUUCACUGUUGCGUGUUUCUUUCCGCCGUCAUUUGCGCGUUGUCUUGCACCCAAAUCGUGGUUGUUCUGAAUGUUUGUGUUCGUCGUUAUGCCAUUAGUGCAUCCUUCGCCGGUGACGUUGUGUUGCUGGUGAUGAUGGCAAAGUGUCGGGGGGUAGAGACGUUCACGUUGGUAGAAUUUGCCACCAUCACUCAUGUGUGGGGGCUACGCGGUUAUAUGUGACCCACGGCCUGAGUAGGAGGCGCAACAAGUGUUUUGUUUACCUGAGUUGUUGCAGAACAAGGGAGGGUGGAAACGGGCGUGUUUCUUUUGAGAAUGUUACGCUUGAAGAGUACGCCCGGUCUUGGUAUUAUGCAACUUGACAGGUUGGUGUGUCGGGCAGGUAUGCAGUUGUUAGUGGAAGUCGAUUUUGUUUUCACGUACGGAAGCAUGUUGGUUGUGUCUGUUUUGGGAAGCGACAUCUAGGUGAUGGCCAUGUGCGUGUUCCUCUGGGCGCCGGUGUUGCGCAAGGGAGGGCACUAGGCUUAGGUUCCUGGUGUGCUUGUCUAUAAUGCAGACAGCGUAGAUGCUUGGGGUUCGUAGUACAGCGUUACCAAGUUGUGGGGGGGCGUUUGUGUUUUGCGUAGUUGUGCUUGAAGGUUCAGUAGCAAGUUGAUGUAUCCUUGAUUGAAGGAGAACUGAGGAUUGAUUUGGUAGUUUGCAGAUGGUGGACCUUGUUUGAAGCAGGCUACAUUCGGCAGGUUGUAUAUUUCUCAAAAGCGGGCAUCCUUUGGAGAAUCGAGUUUGAUUGAUUUUUCAGUCGGAAACAGGUCAUGAUUUUGAGUUCGUGUAGGAUUGCAGAUGGUUGAACCGAAGGUAGGGAGAACGUACCUGUUCGAUGCAGUUUUCGUGUGGAAUGCAGAUAGACAGGGAGGGCGUUGCCUGUAUGGGUAUGACACCUGAAGAGUCAGUUGGUGCUGCACAGCAAGGAGUUCGUUCCAUCAUGUCGGAAGGAUUUGUCAGAGGCGUUGCUCGAGGUAGUAGAGCGUUGCCUAGAAUUUGUAAUCCGAGCGUCUGGAGUGGUUUUAUCUUUGUCUCCUUGCAGUACGGCCGUUGGAAUCAUUGGUGAUAUGGACGGCUAUUGGAUUUUGUUUGAGCCGUUGGAAUCUUUCGUGAUAUGAUCGGCGUGAGGCAUUGAAUUUCUGAGGGGUUUUGAUCCGGUGGCCGGGUUUCCCCUUUACUUUUGGUUUGUCGUUGUGUUUCGGUUUUUCGGACGUAUUUUCGACGCACUAGAGGUUCUUCACUGGCGUAAACAACCAGGGAGGAGGGUGUUCGUGCGUAGAAGUAGAUAGUCGAAAGUAGCCGUUACGUAGGACGCAGCUGGGACAACUUGAAGGGUAUGUGCUGAGAGGCUUUGGAUGAUAGUGCGGAGUCCCCGUGUUCUCUCGAGAAUUGGGACCUCUCCUCGUUCUCCCUCUCUCCUCUCUCAUGCGAGCUAAUACGCACAGUUAAACAGCAGCCCCAAGUCCGCCGGCCCUUAACAGGGCUAGGGCUCACGAA